AAAAGAAUUGGGCGGAGAGCGACUUGGAAAGAAUAUCACAUCACUGAUAUGGUAAAUAUCAUUGUUAAUGAUGACCAGCUGGUCAAGAAACUGAUAUUUUGCAAUACUAAGAAAGCAAGCAACACUGAAGCUUAUGAGAUGGUGCGGAAACGGCUGAACGUCGAAUACAAUAAGACCACCGGGAAUGAUUUUCCUUUCCAAGUGCAACAAAUGAGAAAUAAAUUUAAGUCAUGCAUUAGUACGUGUAAGCAGAUCUGCAUGACAAUGAAAACUGCUUCAGGUAUUGAAAGGUUUAUUGAAGAACGGGGAUAUGGUAAAUGGUUUGACCUUCUUUAUGUACUUGUUAAAACUAGAGAUUCAUGUCAACGAGAAAAUGCAUGUGGACCAUCUGUACAUAUUGGAAAUGUAGACAAGCAAGAUACCAGCAAGAAUGAUCAAGAAGUUGAUGGUGAUGAUGAUGACUGUGCAAGCACUUCAUCCAGCCUUAUGGAUAGCAGUGGAGAAGUCUCAUCCAAGGGUAAACGUUUCUUGCCAAAGAAACCUGCCUCUAAAAGAGCUAAAACUGAGCAGAUGGCAAAAGCUGUUGAACUACUUCAAAGUACUAUUGAGAAUGAUCCCACCAAAGAACUUUUGCAAAUUUUAAGGGAAGAUAUGAAGCAGUCUAGAGAACAGGAAAUGAGGUACUUCCAGUUGAUGUGUGGCCUACUAACACCCAACAGCAAUCCAAACAUGCAACCCCAUGGUAAUUUCCAUCCUUAUAGCAGUUCUUAUUCUGAUGAUUUUCAUCAUCAAAGCCAUAAUUUUUCACAACAAUCUGUGUCCAAUCCCAGAGCUAGCAGCAGUCACCCAAGUACCCCAUCCUUUGGGUACACACCAUUGAUGUCAUCUGCUCCAAAAAAUGAUGAGCAGUCUCUCUUACAUCACGUUCAGUCAACUAUGACUUCACAAGGACAAUCUGGUGUUUCACAGUUGUACCAAUUUUGA